UGCAACGAGGCGGGGCUAAUUUUCAGUACGAUUUGAAGCCCGCUAAACGCGCUGACACCUUGCGCAUGCUCAAAUUCUCCAGUUUCUGGUGCACGGUUUGGAGCGGUUCACGCAUGUGCGAGAGCGAGAUGCAGAUUUUUGUCCCAAGGCCUCGCCGUACCGUCCAGGCGGCGAGUUGCAUCCUGGUUCCGUCGUGUGUGUGUCUUGUGUGGACUCUUCUCCCGCCACAGUCGCCACCGCCGACAUGAACCGCGAGAACUUCGCCGCGGGCGAGCGGCUGGUGUCGCCGGCUUACGUGCGGCAAGGCUGUGAGGCCCGCCGCUCGCACGAGGGCCUCAUACGGCUGCUUCUGGAGAAGGGCAAAUGUCCAGAGAAUGGUUGGGAUGAAAGUACACUUGAACUCUUUCUACAUGAGCUUGCAAUAAUGGAUAGCAACAAUUUCCUGGGCAACUGUGGUGUGGGAGAAAGGGAAGGGAGAGUGGCAUCUACGUUAGUUGCUCGACGUCAUUACAGGUUCAUUCACGGAAUUGGACGAUCGGGUGAUAUUUCUGCUGUGCAACCAAAAGCUGCAGGUUCUAGCCUUUUGAACAAAAUUACCAAUUCUUUGGUCCUGGACAUCAUAAAGUUGGCUGGUGUCCACACAGUGACCAGCUGCUUUGUAGUGCCUAUGGCAACUGGUAUGAGUCUAACCCUGUGUUUCUUAACAUUGCGACACAAAAGACCAAAGGCGAAGUAUAUUAUAUGGCCGCGAAUAGACCAGAAGUCCUGCUUUAAAUCCAUGAUCACUGCAGGUUUUGAGCCUGUGGUGAUAGAGAACGUUUUAGAAGGUGAUGAGCUGCGUACAGACCUGAAAGCAGUGGAGGCUAAAGUCCAGGAACUGGGGCCUGACAACGUUCUGUGUGUUCAUUCUACUACAUCCUGUUUUGCUCCAAGGGUGCCUGAUAGAUUAGAGGAGCUGGCUGUGAUUUGUGCAAAUUACGGCGUUCCACACAUAGUGAACAAUGCUUAUGGGGUCCAGUCUUCAAAGUGUAUGCACCUCAUUCAGCAGGGAGCUCGGGUUGGUCGAAUAGAUGCUUUCGUUCAGAGCUUGGACAAAAAUUUUAUGGUUCCAGUAGGUGGCGCUAUAAUUGCUGGCUUUAAUGAUUCCUUCAUUCAGGAAAUCAGCAAGAUGUAUCCAGGAAGAGCUUCAGCUUCACCUUCUUUAGAUGUCCUUAUUACUUUAUUAUCCCUUGGAUCAAAUGGCUAUAAGAAGCUAUUAAAAGAAAGAAAGGAAAUGUUUUCAUAUUUGUCCAUCCAACUAAAGAAGCUGUCAGAAGCCUACAAUGAAAGACUAUUGCAUACACCUCACAAUCCCAUAUCUUUAGCUGUGUCACUUAAGACACUAGAUGAACACUGUAACAAAGCUGUCACUCAGCUUGGCUCAAUGCUUUUCACCAGACAGGUUUCUGGAGCCAGGGUUGUGCCUCUUGAGUCUGUGCAAACCGUGAAUGGCUACACUUUCAGAGGCUUUAUGUCACAUACAAAUAAUUACCCUUGUGCUUACCUCAACGCUGCAUCAGCCAUCGGAAUGAAGACACAGGAUGUGGACUUGUUCAUAAAGAGACUUGACAAGUGUUUAAAGAUAGUAAGGAAAGAACAAAAUAAAGAGAGUGAUGCAUCUGGAGUUGACAACUAUGACAACACUGAAGAUGUUGCUGUUGAAGAAAUGGCUUUAAAACUAGAUAAUGUACUUCUUGACACAUACCAGGAUUCUUCUUCAUGACAUGUGAAGGGUUUCUUUUUGAUAAUUUGGAAGAAAUGAUGAGGUGACAGUACAAGCAAGCAGUUUAAAGACAAGUCUUGAGAUUUUUGAAUUGGGACUGUCAUGGAGAAUGUUUAGUCAAGGAAUAGAAUAUGGUCUGACUUAGCCAUUGAUGAUUGUUACUUUUUUGUUCUCACACUGCCUCAAUCAUUAUGACCCUUAACAGAUUAUAACACACAACUAGCGUAUGUGUCAGUUAAGCAUUGAUUCAGAAAACUCUUACUAAUAUAAUGACAGUAAAAUUGCAACUAAUUCUCUCUGAAAUGAGUACACUGCCUCCUCCUAACCAUUCACAAAUUACUUAUGUUUCUGAUCACACAGAAUUUAGAAAGAUUUCUAAUGCUGAUUACUAGAUGUUUGUUGAUAUGUGCCAGUCACAGAAUGCCUGUAAAAUGGGCCUUUCCCAGGGAAGCAGCAUCAAGGUUAAGCUUUAACUUUCUCUCGGCAGCAAUGGUUCUCAACUGGGGAUGAUUUGCUUAUAUCUAAGCAACAUCUGGGCACAUUUUUGGUUGUCAUAACUGGUGGGAAGCUGUUGACUUCUAACAUUCUACACUGGACCAGACAACUUCCCAAAACAAAGACCCUGCCCAAAAAUCUCAGUAUUGCUAUGGUUGAGAAACUGCUCUAAAGUGAAUUCCUCAAGUAAAGAGAAGUUUUCCAUAGCAGCUUUAGUUAUUCCGUAGUGCUUCAAAGAAGGUAGAUAGCUCUGUAAUGUUUAUCUAACUGAACAGUAUAUAGACUCUUAAGUGAUAAGCAGGAUUACCAGUUCUAAACAUGUAACUGUAAAUUGUGGCACUUGUGCAUUUCUCCAUUUGGGCAAGUGGAAACUAUUCUAGAGGUUUUGCUUUAAGCAGCCUUUGUUUGUUGGUUAGUUUGUUCAGGUGUUGUGUACAGCUAUCAGCAAGAAUGGUUAACAGGUGUUUUUGAGCAUGUUUUGCUAGAGAGCUGAAGACGAUGUGGUGUGAUAAACAGGUGUAUUCCCCCCUCCCUGCCCACAUGCUCACUUUCUGAGUCUGAAAUUCUAGACUUUCUGGCUAUACCACUUAUUUUGUUGUUAAUUUUAAGAAAUAGACUGAUAUCUCAGAGUCUGGAAUUAGUGAAGCUUCUGAAUACACCAAAUGCUGAAGCCACGUUUCUCCAGACCUGCUCUGGGGAGCGUUAUUCCUCAGAGAUGGUCCUGGGGAUAAAAGGUUCUGUGGGCAGAUAAUUUGGGGACUUUGCAAUCCUGUGUAUUAGCAUAUUAAACGCUCUAAGAAUGCCUUUGAAACCAGUUUGAAUGUAUCUUUAUUUAAAGGUGGAACUUGUUUUUUAAAUUAAAUACUUAUUGAUAUCCAUUGAACAUACUUUUGAAAACACUACAGUAGAAAAUGCCGCCUUGAUUUCUGGAUUGUAGUUUUCUUUAUUGAUUUGGCAGUUAAACAUGAGCACAGACACCACUUCCAUUAAUGUGUAAGUUAGACUACUUUAGACACUGGCUUGAUAACCUUGGAAGUCCAGACUGUUGAGAUAAGUACGUAGUUAUAAAUGUUGUAAAAGUUACUUUUAAAUUACUAUAUCUUUGGGGUUCAAAUAUAUUAAAUAUCUGUUUUUACGAAACAGCUGUAAUAACUCAUUUCAAAAGAGUAAAUCCUGGAUUAAAAAGGUGGGUAAUGUUUUCUAUGUGAAUUUGGGGCUGAAUUGUAGCACCAAUAAAAUUGAAGAGUCGCAACAGAACCUCUAGAGUCUACAAAAGAGCAUGCCAGUGUGAAUGCUGGCAGCGCAGCUUACUGUACAUGUAAGCCAAAAUUGUUUUAUACAACAAGUGGUCUACAUUGUGUGAUCAUCAUUUAGCUAAGAAAGCCCAGAGCCGAGAGACUAGCAACUGUUUUCCAUCUGCAGGGCAUCAGCAGUUCUUAGGCUUCAGCUGCUGAAUAGAUAAUAAUUCUAAUUGAAGAUAAAUGACACGAACUCACACGUGAACGAUAUGUUAUAACACUUCAUCCCUGCUGCAUAAAAUCAGCUGCAGUUUGUAUUAUUAGCCCUUUCUUUUCAGAGGUUUUGGAAUUCCAGCUCUGUUUCUGCUGGUUUAAAUUGAACCUUGAGGUUCUAGAAUUCGUAAGUCUUUGAAGUUCCUGCCUAGUCAAGCAUUCCUUGGCCUGUACCCCAGUGUUGUUUUUCCUUGCCCUCUCCCAUUUCCACAUAGAUGUAUAAAAAAGUCUGUACAGGUAAUUCUUUUAAGUGUCAAGUACUAAUUGGUAACCCUCAUAAUUGGCCUUAGUUUUCUUGGAACUGGCAGAGAGGCAACAUGAUAACAUUUUCCAGUCAUUGGUGAAGAUGACCUAUCUUUAGGAUUCAGCUGCCUUUACUGUAUCAGAUAGAAUUUUGGAGUUUGGUUUUUAAAGUCAUUGGGCUGUGUGGUUGUCUGCCCAGAAAAGAAAACUGAAUAACACAAAAUAUUCUUUCGGUCCCUACACAAUGUGUUACUUGUACGCACAGCAGGGAAAGGUAUUUUAAAUCCAAUUCUCAAUCUGGCUCUUACGUCUUUUGCUGAUGAAUUCUUACCCUGUCAGAGAAUGAUAUGUGAUACCAGCCUUAGGAACUCCGUGUUCAACUAUAAAUCUUUCUAUUUAGCUCUUUGUAUUAGUUGAGUGAAAUUACAGAAUAUGAAUUAUUGAAUACAGUUCUGUUCAGCCAAUAGUCACUUGAUGUGCAGCAUGGUAAAUUUAAAUAUAAAUUAAGUUUUUUCUAAUGUUUUUCUCCAGCACAUAAUUCUGCUGUGAUUCUAUUUCUAUAACCACCCUGUAAUAAGAACUUUAAAGAGGCCUAAGAUACAGGACGUGCUUUUAUUUUUAGACUAUAUGCCUGUGAUAGGUUUUAGUAGAAUUUAUAUUGAGCAAAGGUAGUUUUUUUUUUUUAACCAGUGGUAUUACUUUAAUAUUGAAUUAGUAGCUCAUCGUGAGAGUUAAAUUCUUGUGUUCUUUCAUGGAGGAAAAUAGCCAGCAGUUAACAACAACAAAACCCCUGAUGAUUCUCAUUCAUAUUAUACUUGGAGAAAUUUUUUUGAAUACAUAUAUAUUUGAUGCAUAUAAAAAAAUUUGGGUUUUCUUUUCUAAGAUAUGUACUGAUUUCUGCCAGGCCCCUAAAUCGUUUUGUUAUGUUUUGCAUUUCAUGAGGCUAACCUUAUUUUGUAACUAAAAAAGUUUACAUACCCAGAAGUUUAGUCAUUUCAGAAGUUUGAUACCCUCUGAGUAAUUUGAUAAGAAUAACUGAACAGGCUGUUAACAUUUAAAAAAAAAAAAACCUCCUGUAAACUGUUUUUUCCUUGUCUGUCACAUUGUGUUGACAUGACUUUUAUGGCCACUCUUAACAUACAGGUCUAAGACCCACAGCAUCCUUCUGUGCCUUUUUUUUUUUUUUACUUUCAUGCUCCUUAUAGCUAUUAUGGUAUAUACACGUGUAAGAUGAUGAGUUCAAAGCUAAUGAACAUAUUUUUAUAAUUUCCCAUCUAAUGUCCUACAUUUCAAUUAAAGGCCUUAAGCAAAAUAUGGAAAUGUUUUUACUGUCUUGUUUUUAUCAAGUGGUAUCAACUUGAAUUUUUGGAGAAAUGUGAAGAAAGUCUAUGUUUAACUGUAUAAUUUUGGGGGAUUUUAGCCAUGAGAAUUGAAGCUGAUAUCAGCCUGCUAACCUGUUUGUUUUACCAAAAGAAAAAGAUGUUUCCAAAAAUAUUUUUGGUGUAGACUGUUUAAAAGUGAAAAUGAA